AUGUCUAUGUCGACGAUCAGCACACAGUUGAAUACGUCAUCGUCAUCGACGUCGCUGUUGAAUAGUUCGACCAUGAGCCAACGCUUGUUUUUCGAUGAUGUGGUAAGCAAAGACGAGGAACUGAUGCCGCAGGAAGAGUUGAAAUCGAAAAUGAUCAUCAUGGCUUCGACUUCGAGAGAGCAGCAUCUUCCAGGUCGUGGAGCCACGUCCUCAACCUCAUCAUCGUCCUCGUCAGAUAGAAGAAAGGUCCAAGAGGAUGAUAGAAAGGUCGAGGUCCAAGCCAGAACUACGAAAGAGAGCGACGAUUCAUCUCUUCAACUUCGACUCGAGAACAAUACGGACACCAACGACCACGACGACGAUCAGCACGAGCAUCACCUGCUGCGGUCACCCGAUGAGCCACUGACGCUGCUUCGAGAAGAAGAGCACGACGUCGACACCACAGACGAAAGCGAAAUUGCAAAGCAGAGCAGUAUUUCCUCUCAUCUGAGUAGACAUGAUCUUCAUGCUAGGGAAGGCACGACUUGUCCUAGCACUUCUGGUGUCGCACAUGCAGAGCAGGAGCACUCAUUGUCUCAGGAUGAGAUGGCAGAUAGUGCUAGUCAACUGGGUCGUCGUGAAAGUGUUGAGCAAGAACAUACGGAUGACAAUAAAAGUCUUCUUGCAACAGGAGCUCCUGCAGCACUUCUCCUCAAAGAACGACACAAGAAUAAAAGCAUUUUUAGUCGAGUCCAUCUCUACCGUCCGGAGCAGUGCAACGAGAACAAAAAUCCUGGUCUAAAACACUUGUCAUCGCCUAGAAGGAAUGAUGCAAAUUCUAGUAGCAGUCCUAUUGACUAUCUUUUCCAACUGGUUCCGAACAUAUUUUUAUCUUCCUCAGCAGCUCAACAAGAACACGCUCACCAUGAUGAAUGCUCAACACGCUCCCCAUCAUCGGUGUCAUCGACAUCUGCGGUCGUGCAUCCAGAAGGAGAGGCAACAACUGUAGCGCACCUACAGGAGGAACAGGUGAAAAGCGACACUGGAAACAUCAGAACUGCUGCAGGUCGAGAAACCGAACAAGAACAAAGGACACCAGCAGGAGAAGAAGAUGAAGAAAAUACGACUGUCCUCGAAGAUAGGACAUUGAUAUCGUCCGACUCGCCGUCUUCCAUGGUGAGGACCCGCAGUCACACGUUUGGACAUGAAGAAGGUGAAGACACGACUAGUAGAAACAAGAACAACUUGGAGGAAAUCGAAAUUUCCCCUGGCAAUCCCAGCGUUCUUCCCGCAGACGAAGAAAACGUCCACAUCCACGGAAGGAGCACGACUGACUGUCGUGACUACGUGAAACAGCAACUCCAAAAGCGCGAUAAGCAACUCGAAGAUGAGACCCGUUUGGUCCAUUACAGGGGAACACCCAACGUCAUCACUGCCUACGUCCUCGGCGCAACGGGGAGUAGCACAACCACAGCACUAAAAAAUGUUGCAGACACGUGGCUGAUCCAGAAAGUGGUCUCGACUGCAACAACGGCAGGAGGCAAGCUGUGGAUACCAGAAUUAGCUUCUGCAGGAGCUUCGUCUUUGAGUGGGUCAGCGUCUUCGUCCUUCCCGGUUCCCCUCAAGCACUACACGUUCAAAGUCGAUCCUAUGCGAGGUGGCUUGCACGUAAUCCGCCAGCAUCCCGCUGGUACUGGUCUGGCGACAACCCAUUCUCCUAGUGACUACGUGCUAGCACCAUCUCUGGGCACAUCGUUGGCAGUGAGCAUAGGUGUCCAGACUGGACUGGGGUUGCUGCGAAACCUUUGGUGGAACACUGAAACAGAGGUACUAGCGACCUCGAGUACUUUCAGCGGCGUCACGGAAAAUCUCGCUUUGGAUGCGGGUAAAGGAGCGUGCGUGGGUGGAUGUUAUUGGGCAAUACUGCAAGCGAUCAACGCAGCACAGGGAAGCACAUUGGUACAACUACAUGCAUCAACUACCCCGUCUUGUACUGGAAGAAAGUACUAGGUCGUAUGCGACUAGUAUUUUUACCCCGAGGAAUAGAAAGUCUGAAGUGAUAUGCAGCUUUACGUUUUUCAUCUAGGGAUGCCUGAAUGCAUGUCCACUACAGUUCUUUGUUACUACACUCAGCGUAUAAUCUUUUUGACUCAGACUCAACGUCCCCUAGAAGUACAAAAAUCCUACAAAUCCACCUCCAGGCUCCUCUCCGCAGUGGCGCUUCCUUGCUCGCUCUCAACCCUACUCCCGCUUUGCUCACAAUUCUUGGCUCGGGUUGGAUUGCUGUCAGAUACUUUGCCUACACUCGCAAGUGGCUCUCUGAAGAACAGUUCCUCGCAGACGCCGUUUUCAGCGGUUACUCCAACGGCUGCGGUGCCACCGCUUGCCUAGUCGGCGCAUCCCUCGGCUUCUCCCCAGCCAUGUGCGCCAUCGUCGGCUGUCUCGCAGGAAGUUCUCUAGCCUGCUACACCUACGAGUUGUGGCGCGAAGAGUCAACGCAAAUUCUCUGCAAAAAGCUCCGCAAAUUAGCUGUUCUAGUCCUCGGCUUGCCGUUAGAAUCCUUCACAGAGAAGCAAGUGCAAACCAGGUACAGGACUUUAGCCAGAUACUGUCAUCCGGAUCGGAAUAAGAAUCCUGAUGCUCAGCAGAUGUUCGAGUUAAUCCAAUUGGCGAAGGAGAUAUGCAUGAACGAGCUAAACGACUACAAGGAGGCUAAACAGAGGCUGAAUCAAUUGUGGCUCUACUUGGAUUCGUUGGAAGUCUAAGUAGAAGAUGUCGACGCUCGAAAUAUUAUACCGGUAGGUUGGCUCUCCAUCGGAGGUACUUUCCAACUGGUUCCCCUCACAAGUAGACACUAGUAGCUACAUAAGAGGUACCAUGACACGACAUCGAAAGCUGGAGAGGUUCGUAUUCGUAGCUAUAAUGCAGAGAUCAUGACUUGUAAGAAAAUUUUGAUAUGAGGCAUAGGUGUGAAGAACAUGAAAAACAAGAAGAAGAAGAAGUAGAACUUAGUAUUUAUAUAGCAUCAAGAACUUCUGCCUCUCAUUAUCAUCAGUAUUCAUUUCUUUUACUUUUCCUAGUUAGAUUGGCUCCACCGCCCAUAUAUAGCAUCACGAAGAUACAACCAGGAUUAGGUACUAGUGCAGCAGAGAAAAACUGUUUUAACAAUUCAUGCCGGAAAUACUAGGGGUAGAUCUAGUAUUCCUAAGUAAAUCUAAAUCUAAGAAACCAGAAGCAGAAUGCAAUCUAGUCAAUGCCUAUGUCGUCGAGAUAAGAAAUAUAAUGAUUUUUUCCGCCGCAGCGAGUCAAUAAUUGCCAGCACGACUGGCUGCGAGCAGGACACUUGAUAAGUUCCAAGAAAUAAGCAAGCAGGUGCCGUCAACGAUUGAAUUACUUUUACUUCGACCUUGGCGAGUUGUAGUUCCUAUGAAAUUGAAAAAACUGUAAACCUGUCUUGGAGAUGAUGGAGGUGCUAGAACCUUGAACCUUGAUGGACGAGGUACUAGUAGAGCAAUGCAAUCCACCUGACUACCAUGAAGAACAAAGGACAAGUACAACGAACUUGGUAAGUUUAAGUAACUCAUAGCCAGUAGAUCUUCUUGCGCACUAUGAUAAAAGGACAGAAUGAAUGAUCGGGCUUUUACUUUCUUUGUACAUUAUAAUGAUAAAUAGGCUACUUAGAUGUGAAAUUUCCUUGUUCUUCGAAACUACUCGUUCUUUGACCACCUGUUCUUUUUCAACGUCUGUGCUACUACAAACUAUUCUACCAAGGAGACAAAAUUUAUUUGUAGUGUGUAGUUAUAACUGCAACAGAGUCGUCCUUGUACUACCUCUAGUGAUCAUCUGUCAUAAAAAAGUUGUUAGUAUUCUAAUUCUUAGCAUCUCGUGGGCAAUCGCAAUCAAAGUGUCAUGAUGUGAAAGACGAUGUAAGUGUAAGCCCUCAGACGAGUGAGACUGAAUCCUUGAAGUACUUAGAAGCAAGAACGAAGUGAAAAGCAAAAAUCUAGUACAAGAACUUAUUAAAAAAAUCUACGAGCAUCUUCACAAGCAAGAAAUCUGAAAAGAGAAGCAAGAGGAGGAGUCAAAUCACGAUCGAAGUAGUAUCUUCUACUUCUAUCUUCUUCUAUUUCCGCAACAUUUAUCGUUGGGAAACACCUGGCACACCUCUUCAAGAAGGAAGAUAUAACACCAUUUAUGAUCACAUCCUGCUUUUCUGCGUGAGAAGUACAGAAGAUGACCACCUUCCUGAUACAGCUGCACCAGGUAGCGACAGGAU